AUGGCAGAGGAGCGGAGCAUAAACGGCGAGGCGACUGGACAUGAAGAUGACCGUUUCUUCGAGUCCGAUCAACAUGACGAUGGUGGGAAGUCUACGGAAUUGAGUCGAAAGAUCAAAGAGCUCGAGUCCCAGAAUCAGGAACUGGCGCGGGAUAAUGGUGAAAUCACCCGGAAAAUCGAGAGCCUUACGGCGGAGAUCGAGGAGCUGAGAGGAGCCGAAUCCAAGGCGAGGCGUAAGAUGGGUGAGAUGGAGCGAGAGAUUGACAAGUCGGACGAAGAGAGGAAGGUUUUGGAGGCCAUAGCUGCGAGAGCCUCGGAGCUGGAGACCGAAGUGACACGGCUUCAGCAUGAACUGGUGACGGCCCAGACGGAAGGGGAAGAGGUUGCGGCGGAGGCGAAGAAGCUCCGGUCUGAGAUUUCACAGAAGGGGGAUGGGAUUGAGGAAUUGGAUAAAGAGGUCGCUGGUUUAAGGACUGUAAAGAAGGAGAACGAGAAGAUAAUGAAGGAAUUGGAGACGAAGCUUGGUGCUUUGGAGGUGAAGGAGUUAGAGGAGAAGAACAAGAAGUUUCGAGCAGAGGAAGAUAUGAGAGAGAAGAUUGACAAUAAGGAAAAGGAGAUUAAUGAAUUGAAGGAGAAGAUCAAGGGUCUGGAAUCAACUGUAGCAGAGGAGAAAUCAGAGUUGCAGAAGUGGAAAACAGAGAAGACGACUGUGGAAGAUUCGUUGAGAGAGUCAGAGAAGAAAGUGGCGGCCAUGGAAUCAGAGAUUGUGGAGUUAGAGAAACAGAUGGAUGAGUCUGAGAAGAUGAUCAGUGGAUUGAAGAAUAUGGUUGAGCCAAUUAACGGCGUUGAGCUUAAGUCAUGGUCGCCGACUGUGACUGCUGGUUCUGGUGGAGCUAUGGCCGCUGUUGCAGUUGCAGUGGCUGGAGCGGCCGUCGUCUGCUACAUUUACCAUUCGAAGAGGGCUUGA